CAAUCAUUCCUCCUUGGCCUUCUUCCGCGAAAUCUCGCAGAUUACGCUGCGCAGCGUUUUGGUGUGUGAGGUUAUAAUCGGUUUAUUUCUACACAAACCAAUCUGUACGGGCAACAUAAUGCUCGUUACAAUCCGCAAACAGCUACGAAACCACCCGGCGCUGAUCCCCCUCUUCUUCUUCAUUGGGGGAGGCGCCGCCAUGUCCAUGCUGUACCUGGCUCGAUUGGGCUUGAGAAAUCCUGAUGUCAGUUGGGACCGCAAGAACAACCCCGAGCCUUGGAACAAACUCGGCCCGACUGAUCAGUACAAGUUCUUCGCUGUAAACAUGGACUACAGCAAACUGAAGAAAGACCGUCCCGACUUCUAAAGAUCAAACCUGCUGGACCAAAAGCGCAAGAAGAAAAUCCGCACAACCAUCUCCAUUGGGAAUUUUCAUUUGGGAGAGAUGCAGAUGCUAAAUCCGCACAUUUAUUUAAGUUUCCUCAUCGCACCUCAUCUCAUUACCAUUUAACUUUUUCUGUGUGCUUCAAUAAAAAAAGGAGUUUUCUCCUUCAUACAAGAAAAAAAAAA